AUUGUUUUUUCUCGAAUACGCUUGUUGCUGAAGGUGGAAGCCGACCAAAGGAUUUGAGUUUGCACCCUUCGCCCACUGGAGAAACCCAAAUAAACUCAAGAGGCAUUGGGUUUUCUUCCCGCCCCCCAUUCCACCAUCACAACCUCCUCGCCCCUCCCCGACUCUUGCGUUUUCGUCUUCCCGCUUCUGCGCACCUCGACCUGGCCUAAAUUGCCUGCUUCGACUCGACAGCCUUCGCUCGCAACACGGCUAGCAUGUCGGAAUACAGCACGGUGCCGCCGCCCGGGGCUGGAGCACCUCUCGGUGGCCAAUCAGCCUUGGGGGCCGGUGGCGGGAUAAAGAAAGAUGCCUUUGCUGACGCGGUCCAGCGAGCGCGCCAGAUCGCGGCGAAGAUCGGUGGUGAUGCGGGAGGGGGGCCCCCUCCCAUGAAUAACAGCAGUCCUGCUGAGAGCUUCCCCUUCACAGCACAGAAACGCCAGCUGGAGGACGCAGAACAGCCAGACAGUAAGAAAAUGGCCCCUCAGAGUGACCGGGACACUGCCACCGCUCUGUCCAUUGGAGCCCAGCUGGCAGCCCUGGCCCAACAGAGUCGGCCAACAACCACCACAGAGGAGUUCAGUGUUCCCGAUGGCAUGGUUGGACUCAUUAUUGGACGAGGAGGAGAACAGAUCAACAAGAUCCAGCAGGACUCUGGCUGUAAGGUCCAGAUUGCACCAGACAGUGGAGGUCUUCCAGAGAGGAGUGUCUCUCUCACAGGGACUCCGGACUCCAUACAGAAAGCCAAAAUGUUCCUGGAUGAGAUCGUGUCCCGGGGCAGGGGAACGCCUCCGUCCUCCUUCCACGAGUCGACCAACGGCCAGAGUGGCUCCGUGCAGGAGAUGAUGAUCCCGGCCGGGAAGGCGGGGCUCAUCAUCGGGAAGGGAGGGGAGACCAUCAAACAGCUGCAGGAGCGGGCGGGGGUGAAGAUGAUUCUGAUCCAGGACGGGUCCCAGGGCCCCAACAUGGACAAGCCCCUGCGCAUCAUCGGGGAGCCCUACAAAGUGCAGCAAGCAAGGGAGCUGGUGCAGGAAAUCCUGCGGGAGAGGGACCAGCCUGGAUUCGGGGACCGGAAUGAGUUUGGGUCGCACAUGGGGGGAGGCGGAAUCGAUGUGCCUGUCCCGCGCCACUCGGUGGGAGUGGUGAUUGGCCGCAACGGCGAAAUGAUCAAGAAGAUCCAAAAUGACGCUGGUGUGAGGAUACAGUUCAAACCAGACGACGGCGUGGGGCCGGACAAAGUGGCGCACAUCAUGGGCCCCCCCGAGCAGUGUGACCACGCCGCCCGCAUCAUCACCGACCUGCUGCACAGCAUCCGAGCACGAGAGGAGGGCCAGGGGGGCCCCCGGGGCCACCGGCCCUGGAAUGCCCCCAGGCAGGGGUCGGGCCGGGGCCAGGGGAACUGGGGUCCCCCGGGGGGGGAGGUUACCUUCUCCAUCCCCUCCCACAAGUGCGGCCUGGUGAUUGGCCGGGGCGGGGAGAACGUGAAGGCCAUCAACCAGCAGACGGGCGCCUUCGUGGAGAUCUCCCGCCAGCUGCCCCCGAACGGGGACCCCAACUUCAAGCUCUUCGUCAUCCGGGGCUCCCCGCAGCAGAUCGACCACGCCAAGCAGCUCAUCGAGGACAAGAUCGAGGGUCCGCUGUGUCCUGUGGGCCCGGGUCCCGGGGGCCCCGGCCCCUCCGGGCCUAUGGGCCCCUACAACCCCAAUCCCUACAACCAGGGCCCCCCCGGAGCUCCAGGGCCACAUGGCCCCCCGCCUCCUCACCAGUACCCCCCCCAGGGCUGGGGGAACACAUACCAGCAGUGGCAGCCCCCAGGACCCCACGACCCCAGUAAGGCUGCAGCGGGGGACCCCAACGCCGCCUGGGCCGCGUACUACGCCCAGUAUUACCAGCAGCCCCCCGGCACCGUGCCCGGCCAGCCCCCCGCCGGCCCCACCGGGGCCCCGGCCCCCGCCGAGCAGCCCCAGGCCGGACAGACCCCCGGGGGCCAGCCCGACUACACCAAGGCCUGGGAGGAGUACUACAAGAAGAUGGGUCAGGCGGGGGGUGCCGGAGGCGCGGCGGCCGCUGCAGGCCCCGCCGCAGGAGCGGCUCAGCCUGACUACAGCGCGGCGUGGGCCGAGUACUACAGGCAGCAGGCUGCUUACUACGGCCAGCCCGGGGCCCCGCCGGGCAGCCAGCCGGCCGCUCCGCAGCAAGGGCAGCAGACGCAGUGAGCCGGGGCCCAAUCAUACUUUGUGUUGGAGGAGAGAGGAAGCGAAAGAGACAACAUUCAACUUGGCCCAGCCAGCCGCCCGGACUUGUUUUUAAUUUUUAUUUUAAUAUGCUUUUUUAUUUUUAUUUUUUUUACUUAUUUUGAUUUGAGGGAAGCGGUGGCCUUAGUCCUUAUUCCCCCCCCCCCCCCCCGUAUCACUUUUUGAGAAAGAAAAUGUGAAAAGGACUAAUCUUUAUUUUCCGGAGCGAAAUGGACAUGGAGACCUGCAGGCCUGGAUUUUGGUUUCAGUUGUGUCCCUCCCCCCUGCCCCCUGCCCCCCAGUACUGUUCCACGCCCCACCCACCUUCAUAACUUACGGUAUAUAGAAUUGGCAUCCAGAUCCUUCGGUGGACUGAUCCAUCCACCGACCCACCAAUUAACCGACUGCACUUUCCUGCUAUUCAUUUUCCCUGAGAGACUCACGGCCUCGACUGCUGCAUUGACCCAGACUUACGCUAACGGCAACGUAUAAAAAUGAAGUCCUAGUCCUGUGUUUUGUUCAUUUUUGUUUCGUGGUGGCAAGUGAGAUGGGGCAGGGGGGAAUGGGUAGUAAAUCUUUUGUUGCUUUUAUGCCCUUUUUAUUUUAAUUACACUGAGACCCCCCCCCCCCCCCCCCCUAAUUUUGAGUUGGAACAUUCCCUUCACUGUUUCACUGACCGUUUCUUCACCCUUUCAUUUUGUGUGGAGACGAGGUGCGUUUUAUGUGUUUGUGUGUGUGGCUGUGCGUGUUUUUGUUUCACAUGUCUUUGUACGUGUGUGUGUGUGUGUGUGUGUGUGUGUGUGUGAGUGCAUGCGUGUGCACAUGCCUGUGUGAUUGACUGUGUGGUGUGGAUGCCUUGUUUAAUAGUCUCUGUAUGUAUGUAUACUUGCAGAUGCAUAUAAUUGUGUGUGUGUGGUAUAAGGCUUUGUGUACUAUGGUACAUGGUAUGCUUGUGGUUGGUAGUGAUGACUGUGUCACUCACAUGGAACCUCCUUAUGCUCCAACUAGUGCUUUGUUUGCGUUUUUCUUCCUGAGGAAAGGACAGAUUUUGUUUCCGUUUCCCCUCAUCUCCUGUUCUGAGUAGUCAAGAUGUUAUAUAUUGUAUGCUUGGGUUUGACCUUUUACUGCUUGUUUUUAAACUUCACAAUAAAAGAUGAUAUUGAGACCUCCCA